ACAUUGUUUUGCAUUGCUGCAAGUUAUCCAACAUUCCAACUUUAUUGGUUGAAAGUAAAAAUAAAGAUAUGUUAGCCUAACUUAAUGUAACGGAACAGUGAUUCUGCCUACUGUUUCGACUAAAAGCGUGGUAAUUAAUGACUGAAAAAGUAACCUAGUCGUUUAAAUAUCACAAUUUGUUUUCAAAGUAUAACGUUAUAGAUAAUGGCCUUUAAGAUACCAGCUAACUUAAUCGACUUUUGCCAAUUUUCCUGGCAUCGGCCUGCACCUCCACCCCACCCCCACCCCAAGCUAGCUAACGUUAGUCUGUUUUGCGCACGCCUGAAUGGUGUGAAAGUUAACAGAGGCUCCAUGUUAAGUAAUGUUAGCCACGCAGUUUCAAGUCGCAAUUCACGGUAACAUACAAUGAGGCACAACGGGAGAUGGCAAAAAGUUUUUCUCUGUCGGAGUAUGCAUUGAAGCCGGUUUCAGCACGUGCUGACAGAUUACACCGGCGAGCUACGUCUGAGGUCAGUAAAUUAGAGCAUGAUGUGGACUUGCGCUGCCAUAGAGAGGCAUCGUCCGUCUGUUUGCAACAACAGAUUUAACACUAUUAUGUUAGCAUUUCAUGCUCAGUAUAUCCUCAUUCUGUCAUGAACGUGUCUCCACAAAACAGAGUAAAUAACUAAUUUAGGCGAAGUCUGCAAAGAGUGUAAAAAAACCUCGAAAGGCAGAGGUAAACUACCUGCCCCCUUACCCGGCAGGAGAGGAUGAAGAAAGUCAAGAACAAGAGAGGAUUCAGUUGCUUACUGAAGUAAGAAAAAGGGACAACAACAAAUUGAUCAAAGAAAAAAUGGCCAAAACAUUUGCACACAGAAGAAACGAAAUCAUCAACCUAUCACCCAGCAUAGAGGACAUCAAAACCAGAUGGCCUGCCCUAUUUGAGCCAUCUCAAAUCCAGGAUGAGUUUAACAGAAUCACAAUGGUGCAUCUUGAAUCAAAGUUCAUGUCUAAGCUGGAUGAAUACACUCCGAGGCUUCUGAACAUCUUCCACUCCAAAGGUGGAACCAUGGGGUUGAGGUUGCAGGCCAUCCUACUCAAGGCUCCAAGCAACCCUAGCAUCAACAUGACCAGAGAUGUUGUCAUUCGGUGUUUGAUGGUGUAUCUUGGGGAAUCCACAGAUCACCUCUUAAAGGAGUAUGAUGACGCUGAUAAAGACAGUGUGUCACAGGACCUUGCUGUACAAAGGAUUAAAAUCUACAACAUCAAGCCUACUAUGCCAGAGGGUCCUGAUGACAUCGGUAUCGUAGUAGAGGGCGUGAAAGUUCUGACUGCUCUGGGUAACUUUCCAAGGGCUUGCUCCAUGGUCAUUGGCUUGGCAUAUGCAGUGAAUCUUGCCUAUCCCAAGGAGCUCAGGUACACGCUUGAAGUCUUCCAGAAACUCCUCCUUGAGCUGGAUUGUUCAAAGCUGUCCCCAAAAGUGAACAAGCUUAAGAAAAGGGACCCUCGCAGAAUGAAAGGGGACAAUUAAGUCACUGUCAAAACUGUCACACGGUUACCCACUCACUGUGAAGGAACUGCAAACUGUUACUGAAGGAGACCUUUGGACUUUCUGAUGAGUUCAGUCGUUAGUGUUCGGACUUGGAAUUUGAAGAUUACUUUACUCUUCAUAAAAGUGACCAAAUUAAACAUAAAGGCACCAUAAAGAUUGUUCACGCUGCCCUGAUUGUUCUUAACUUUCUUCCACUUGAUGAA